GUUGAGGGUCACCACUAACCAUUGUUGGUCUCUUUCUGUCAGAUGCUUCUUUGUUUUUUUCCACCUUACAGGUGAAAAGAAGACAUAACACAAAGACAAAGGUAAAGGACAUCAAUGGCGGAACUCAUGGCCAUGGGAGAUGAUGUUGUCCAUGUUGCUGUGAAGAACGAUGUCAAAGAGAGCAGAUCAACUCUGGUUUGGGCUUUGAGGAACCUUGGUGCCAAGAAAGUCUGCAUCCUCCAUGUUUAUCAGCCAAAAACUGCUUCUCCUGCUGCACGUAAGCUUGAAGAACUGGAGGCUAUCAUGUACGAGACAUUACAUGAUUAUUUUGACAUCUGUCAACAAGAAGGGGUGAAUGAGGACGACAUUUACAUAUCGUGUAUAGAGAUGAACGAUGUGAAGCAGGGGAUAUUAGAACUCAUCCAUGAAAGCAAAAUCAAGAAGCUCGUUAUGGGAGCUGCAUCAGACCAUCAUUAUUCAGAGAAGAUGUUCGAUCUCAAGUCCAGAAAGGCCAAGUACGUAUACCAACACGCGCCUAGCUCCUGCGAAGUUACGUUUAUGUGCAAUGGACAUCUCAUCUACACAAAGGAAGCCAAUCUUGAAGACCGUGUGGAUGAAACAGAAGCCGAAGCUGGACAAUGGAAACCGAAGCUCUAUUCAUCUGCUUCACCAAAAUGCUCGGCAGAAUUGGUCUCUGCAAUUGUAGCUUACAUUGACACAAGGAGAGACAGGGACAUGUUAGAGCCAACUUCAUCAGAGGAUCAAUCUGAAAGCGACAGGAAUGAUCAACUGUAUAGACAACUUAAGCAAGCACUUAUUGAAGUUGAGGAAUCGAAAAGAGAAGCGUACGAAGAAUGUGUCAGGCGGUUUAAAGCUGAAAAUACAGCCGUUGAGGCCAUCCGCAAAGCAAGAGAGUAUGAAGCAAUGUUCAAUGAGGAAACGAGGCUAAGGAAAGAAGGUAAAGAGGCAUUGGCAAAACAAAAGAAAAUGGUGGAGAAGACUAAACAAGAGAGGGACGACGCGCUUAUCAUCAUUCUUAACGGAAGAAAGCUAUACAGUGAGGAAGUGAGACGCAGAGUUGAAGCUGAAGAGAUGUUGGGGAAGGAGAAAGAAGAACACGAGAGAACGAAGAAGGAGCUGGAAGAAGUGCGGGUCAUUGUUCAGGACGGGAUGAAGCUGUACAACGAGCAACUGAGACAGAGGAAAGAGAUGGAGGAAUCUGUGAAGAGACAAGAGGAAGAGCUUGAGAAGACAAAGAAGGAGAAGGAAGAAGCCUGCUUGAUAAGCAAGAACUUGAUGCAACUAUAUGAAGACGAGGUGAGGCAGAGGAAAGAAACAGAGGAGUUAGUGAAGAGAAGAAGAGAGGAGGUUGAGAAAGUGAGGAAGGAAAAAGAAGAAGCUUGCUCUGUGGGACAAAACUUCAUGAGGUUAUACGAAGAAGAAGCAAGACGUAGAAAAGGAACGGAGGAAGAACUCAGCAAGGUCGCUGCUGAGAAAGACGCAGCUAGCUCUGUCUGUUCAGAUAUUAUGUUGCUUCUUCAGAGCUACACUCGCCGCCAUGGAAUACCUUCUGGUUUCUCCGAUGAGGAUUCCCUUACCCGUCAGCCUCCGUCGUAUUUCAUCUGCCCAAUAUCGCAGGAAGUAAUGCGAGAGCCUCGUGUUGCAGCCGAUGGAUUCACGUACGAAGCUGAAGCCUUAAAGGAAUGGCUCGACAAUGGUCACGAGACCUCACCAAUGACGAACCUUAAGCUCACCCACAAUAACCUUGUUCCUAACCACGCCCUUCGUUCCGCCAUUCAAGAGUGGCUUCAACGCAACUCUUAAAAUGAAUCUUUGGUUAGUGUUGUGAAUGUAUUAAAUCUGAAGCUUGAUUAUUUGUUUGCAGCUAAGUUGCUUGCUGUGCUGAUGAGUGGAAUUCACAAAAAAAAAUAGAAACCGUUUGAUUCUUUGA